AUGCAGCGAGUGUGUGGCGUCCCACAGACUCUUGAUUUCGGUUUGGUGGUUCAGGAAGCGCUUUUCCCGCUAGCUCAUGGUUUUGGUGCUACAAGUAAGAAGGAUGGUACAGUUUAUAAGAGUACGAGUGCAGCAAGAUAGGGCACAAAGGGUUAAGAAUUGAAGGAUGUUGUUUGAAGGGAGUAAGGGUCAGGAGGUGCCGGAAAGAGCUCUCCCGACGAUAGGUCGGGUCAGCGGCAAGGUGCACAACUGUCCUGGUCGGCGAUAGUUCGAUCUCCUAAAUCCAUUUUCUAGCAUUUGUCCAUCCUUCGGACGGCUGUUGUUAUACGGCCAACUAUUCCGAUGCUAUUGGAGUUUCGAUCUCGUGGAGUCCGCGAUAA